UUAAAAUCCAAAAUAUAUGGCGGGCUCUUUAGUUUUUCACCACCAAAAAUGGCGAGAUUGAGCAACCAGUUGCUAAGAGGGCUUAAUAUAAUGACUUUCUUGAUCUCGAUUACGAUCUUAAUCUGCGGCAUAUGGUUGUCGCGGCAUCAGUCCACGCCGGCGGCGUGCGACCGGCUGAUAAACAAAUUACUGAUAGUCGCCGGAGCUUUCAUACUUGUACUUUCCGUCAUGGGUUUCUUGGGGUCUACGUGCUUCUCGUGCCUGCUCUGGACAUAUGUUAUCCUCACAUCUGUAAUCGCCGUGCUUUUCUUUUGCUUCGCCGUCUUCGCCUUCGCGGUGACUAACGACGGCGCCGCUGAGGCCGUUUCCGGCAAAGGGUUCAUGGAGUUCAGGCUCGGGAACUACUCGGGGUGGCUCCAAAAGAGGGUCGAGAAGCACUGGUAUAUCUUCCGGAGUUGCAUUCAACAAAGUCUGGUGUGCCGGAGAUUGAUGAAUUCUUCUUCUGCGCCUCUCGUUGACGUUAAUAAUCACCUCAAGUCUGGUUGCUGCAACCCGCCUAGCGGCUGCCACAUCAUUAAGUACCAAAACCCCACAAAUUCUUCAGUCGAUAUCACAGAAUGCAGAAUUUGGAGCAACGACCAAAACAUAUUGUGCUAUGACUGCCAGUCUUGCAAGGCUGGGUUGAUCAAAGAGGUCAAAAGAAACUGGAACAGGGUGGCCAUCGCUAACAUGAGCUUCAUCGCCUUCCUCGUUGUCGUACUGGUAGUAGGAUGUUGCGCUAUAACGAACCACCUCACGGAGAAUUCCAGGCUGCGUUACCGC